UCCAUUCAGAUCAUUCAAAAUGAUAAGGCAACAUUCAGUAGGUGUAUCUGAUGCCAGAGUGGACAUCUCCACCUCCAGCCACUUAGUUUUCUGUGCCACAAUCCCAGCCUCCACUCCGGUCCAAUCAUAUUCUCCAGCGGAAUUCGUUGUUGGAAUAACUUCAUCUCGCCGCUCAACAGCUCUGUUCUUGAGUCAGACAACGUGGGUACUCGCGUUGGCUCGUUUCCAUCAACACAGACUCUGUUGAUGUGUUUUCUUAAUAUAUCAGCUAAUUAAUCGGGUAUCUUCCCACCGACUUUCCUUUGCAGCCUCGAUAAUGCCCACCGUUAGAUAGUCCACCAACAGGACCAAUGCCGCACAAAAGCAUUACCUCAGCAUCAGGUGGACGGGGCACAGUCACGUAUCGAGCGAAGACGGGUCCUUACGACUCCAAAUUUUGACCAACCUAGAUGGCUGCGCCUCGUAGGGAUGACGGUCGAAUCAUCAUUCAUUUUGAUUAUGAUUGCUUCUAUGCCUCAGUGUUUGAGGCGGAACAGCCAGUGCUCAAGUCCCUGCCUCUGGCGGUUCAACAAAAGCAGAUCGUGGUGACUUGUAACUACGAAGCUCGACGGCGAGGGCUGCGCAAACUGCAGCUGAUCAAGGAAGCGAAGCAGAUCUGUCCGGACGUUGUCAUUGUUUUGGGUGAAGACCUCACCAGAUUCCGCAAUGCUUCCAAGGAGCUCUAUCUCUUUCUUCGGGACUUUGUCUGGGGAAAGCGAGUUGAGAAGUUGGGGUUCGAUGAGGUGUUUCUCGAUGUGUCCGACAUGAUUACCUACAAUGUCGAGAUGCUGAAUCGUAAUGACCUCAAAAACUCAUUCUUUCACCUUGACCGUCGAGAUCCCACAGUGGGUUUUACCUACGAUGCGACAGACUUUCAAGGACACACCUAUCCAGCUGUUUCCGACGUUGUAACAGACGCGGACUCGAAGUGGCUUCGCAAUAGACUGUUGGUUGCGUCACAUCUGGCAGCUUAUCUUCGAAACCAGCUCGAGUAUCAGAAGGGCUACACUGCCACUGUGGGCAUUUCCACAUCAAAGCUUCUCGCAAAGCUAGUUGGAAACACACAUAAGCCCAACAGUCAGACAACUCUUCUGCCGCCUUAUACUGUGGCGGAGCAUGGGGCGAAAAGCAACGUGCUACACUUCCUUGAUGCUCAUGAGAUCAGAAAAAUCCCUGGAAUAGGCUCGAAAAUUGCGCAUAAAAUCGAAUCAUUCCUUACUACGGCUGUAGCUGGGGCCGGAACAGAGGUAGUACGGACUAGCGAUACAAAACCACACUCAGAUGACCACACCGUCACGGUUGGAGACGUCCGUCUUUUCCCUGGCAUGGGCCCUCUGUUAUUAGAAAAAGUUCUAGGCGGCCCAGGAUCUCCCAGGGGCAUUGGGGCGCGAAUAUGGGGGCUGAUACACGGGGUGGAUAACACUGAGGUUCUACAAGCUCGAGAUCUACCGACACAAAUCAGCAUCGAGGACUCAUACGGUCGCUUAGACACAUUCAAAGAGGUCAGGAAAGAGCUGAUUGCUCUGACAAUCAGCUUGAUCCGGCGCAUGCGGGUUGAUCUGACUGAGAUGGACCCUGAUGUCCAUUUCCCAGCCGGCGAGCCCGCUGCAGCUGAUGCUCUUAAUGCAAAGCAACAGCUCCGAUGGGUGGCUCACCCGAGGACUCUUCGUCUCUCAACGUGUCCUCGCCCAGCUCCAGGCUCCGAUCAGUCAGAGCGCCAUGGCCUCAACCGGAUAUCUCGUUCCGCACCUCUUCCAUCCUACAUCUUCAACCUCGAUGAGAACGUAGACGCUUUGGCAGAGCGACUUGUGCAGGACAUGGCGAUGUCCAUGUUCCGCAAGCUUCACCCUGAAAACUCGGGUUGGAAUCUCCGUGUCCUGAAUAUUGCCGUGACAAAUAUGAUAGAGCGCGCUGGUGACCAGAAGAACAGCAGCGGUCGAGAUAUUGGGAAGAUGUUCCGUAAACAGGAAGCAACGCAGCGGGAUGAUCCUACGCCAGAGCUGGAGAAGAUCACCUUCAGCGGCAUCGCUCAGGGAGACAUGGAUUCGAAGAUGGUUGAUUCCGCCGGAGCCAACGAUACCUGGGAGGAGAGCGACGAAGAUGGCGACACGCCGUGUGUCGCCUGCACAAUUUGCGGGACAUUGAUACCCUAUUUUGCCAUGCUUGCUCAUGAGACGUACCACACCGCACCGGGUGAUUGAGAACUUGGGUUCGAGGAUAGGGCUGUGGUUAUGUCCAUGAGCUACCACAUCUUUAAUUUGGAUGAUGUGAUGAAGUUUUUUAUAUCACAAUAGUAGCCUUGAUGCCUAUGCAUUUUUCUAUUUUGUUUCGUAUGCAAACGGUGAGCAUUCAUCAGCACCACUAAUAACCUGUCACCGCUAUAUGAUCGGUCUAGCAUGAACCAUGCAAAACCCUCCGAGGUGAGAUAUGUUUCGCGUUAGAAGUGCUUCCUAGAAUCUUCUGUUCUAACUCAAUCUGGUAAGAUAGGCAUACGUAUGUUCGAGUUAAAAUGGCCCACAGGACAUCCAGCCACAGGCGCCAACCGAUCUUGGCAGUGAUCAUUUGCUCCUUGUUAUGGUGGAGGGUUGUCUUGGACGACGGAA